CUAACGAGCCAACAGAUUGCUGUCAAGAUGGCACCGAGUGGGCUGAAAGCGGUAGUUGGAGAAAAAAUCCUCAAUGGGGUCAUAAAGAGCGUAAAGAAGGAUGGAGAAUGGAAGGUUCUCAUCGUUGAUCACAUGAGCAUGAGAAUUCUGUCCUCUUGCUGCAAGAUGUCAGACAUCUUGGCAGAGGGCGUGACCAUUGUGGAGGACAUCAAUAAACGUAGGGAGCCCAUCUCUAGUUUGGAGGCCAUUUAUUUGAUUUCACCUGAGGAGAAGUCGGUUCGUGCUCUCAUUAACGACUUCAAAGACGCUGCCUUUACUUACAAAGCCGCACACAUCUUCUUCACUGAUUCUUGUCCAGAUGGUCUCUUUGCCGAGAUUGGGAGAUCCAGAGUUGCCAAAGUUGUCAAGACUUUAAAAGAGAUCAAUGUGGCUUUCCUGCCUUAUGAGUCUCAGGUAUUCUCCCUGGAUGAUCCAAACUCCUUGCACUCCUUCUACAGCUCUAAGCCAAAUGAAGGAAAAGACAAAAUGCUGGAAACUCUGGCCGAGCAGAUCGCGACCCUGUGCGAUACACUCAAGGAGUACCCUGCAAUCCGUUACCGCAAGGGACCGGAGGAGAAUGCUAGACUGGCUGAAGAGGUCUACCAGCGCCUUAUUGCUCACAAAGCUGACAACCCAAGCAUGGGAGAGGGUGCAGAUAAGGCGCGAUCCCAGCUACUGAUUGUUGACCGUGGGUUUGAUCCCAUCUCGCCUAUUCUGCAUGAGUUGACCUUCCAGGCGAUGGCCUACGACUUGCUAGAUAUCAAACAGGAUAUUUACGCUUACCAGUCAACCGGCAUUGGGAAUUCAAAUGACAGAGAAGUGUUAUUGGACGAAGAUGACGAGCUCUGGGUUCAGCUCAGACAUAUGCACAUCGCUGAUGUCACUAAGAAAGUGACAGAGCUUCUUCGCACCUUUUGCCAGGGCAAGAGAAUGUGCACCGACAAUGCCAACAUCAAAGAUCUCUCUCAGAUGUUAAAGAAGAUGCCUCAGUACCAAAAGGAGCUGAGCAUGUACUCUACUCACUUGCACCUAGCCGAUGCUUGCAUGAAGAAAUUCAAGGCCUCUCUUGAUAAGCUCUGUGAAGUGGAACAGGACCUGGCAAUGGGAGCAACUGAAGAAGGGGAGCCUCUGAAGGAUGCCAUGAAGAGCAUUGUUCCUGUGCUCCUCAACAAUGAAAUUGAGGCCCAUGACAAAAUCCGCAUCAUACUGCUGUACAUAUUCCACAAGAAAAAAGGCAUCGGGGAGGAGAACCUUGCCAAGCUCAUCCAGCAUGCAAACAUCCAGCUCGACAGCAACAUCAUCACCAACCUGCAGAACCUGGGCUGCAACAUUAUAGCUGGGGGCCGCAAUGCUGAGAAAACACUGCCAGAGCGCAAGGAGCGCACAGAGAGCACAUACCAGCUCUCUAGAUGGAUUCCCAUCAUCAAAGACGUCAUGGAGAAUGCCAUCGACGACAAACUGGACAGAAAGCAGUGGCCAUUCAUCUCUGAUCCUGCUCCCGUCAACACAACUCAGACAACAAUCAGCAGUGCACGUUUUGGACACUGGCACAAAAAUAAAUCUCCAACAGAAUGUCGCUCUGGCCCCCGACUUAUCAUAUUUGUGAUUGGUGGGGUGUCGCAUUCAGAGAUGCGCUCCGCCUACGAAGUUACUCGAGCCACUGAUGGGAAAUGGGAAGUGGUGAUUGGGUCUUCUCACAUCCUGACUCCAACCAGCUUCCUUAAUGACCUGAAGAGUCUGGACCAAGUUCCUAAUCCUGAUAGUUAGAUAGAUCCUGAACAAGGAAGAGCACACUGGAAUAAGGGUUUUGUCUUUCAUUUAGGAUGAAUGGUUGCUGGUCUUCUGUCAAAGCAUCUCCGAUGUCUGAAGUGAAACAUGAGGAGAAAUCUUAGAUGUAGUCAUGGAAGGAAACAUUUGUGAUUCUUUGUUUUGUUUUAGAAUGAUAUUUUUAUUGUUUGUUGUGAAUUGGGCUCUGUGUACUGCUGUGAUUGAAAUUGUAUUAAAAUAUUUAAUUAGACAUUAUUAAUAUUUUGAUUAUUUUACUAUUCUCAUUCAAAUUGUUAUUUUUGUUACUACAAUAUAGAUUAGAUUUUCCUAAUUUUGUACUUACAAAUCUAAUCAUUCCCUAAAAACUGGAUCAUCUCCAAAAAAUCUUAUCAAGUUUAAUGUGGAUGUAUAUAAGCCAAUAGAAGUAUGUAUCAAAUAUUUGUGUGUAAUACCUUUUUUUUUCUUCUAGCACCUCUUUUUGCACAUUUACCAUAUGCUUUAAUAUAUUGCUUGGAGCAAGUUCAGUGGGUGUUUCUUUGUUGUUAAAAAUGAGUAAUAAAAGAAACAUGAUAUUCACUUGAAA